AUGAAAGAAGUAGUCAAGAAAGAGAUCCUGAAAUGGCUUUCUGCUGGCAUAGUCUACCCUAUUUCUGAUAGUUCAUGGGUGAGCCCAGUUCAAUGCGUCCCUAAAAAAGGCGGUAUAACUGUAGUGGCUAACACCCAAAAUGAGCUAGUUCCAACUCGUACUGUGACUGGGUGGAGAAUUUGCAUGGAUUAUCGAAAGUUAAAUACAGCAACCAGAAAAGACCAUUUCCCGCUGCCAUUUAUUGAUCAGAUGUUGGAUAAACUUGCUGGGCAAGAAUUCUUUUGUUUCUUGGAUGGGUAUUCAGGAUACAACCAAAUUGUAAUAGCCCCAGAAGAUCAAGAGAAAACAACCUUUACUUGUCCAUAUGGCACGUUUGCUUUCAAAAGAAUGCCAUUUGGUCUUUGCAAUGCUCCAGCAACAUUCCAAAGAUGCAUGAUGGCCAUCUUUGCUGACAUGAUUGAGAAAACAAUUGAAGUGUUCAUGGAUGACUUCUCUGUUUUUGGAGAUUCUUUUGAUUGUUGUUUAGAUAAUUUGGCAGCUGUUUUGCAAAGAUGUGAAGAAACUAAUUUGGUUCUGAAUUGGGAAAAAUGUCACUUCAUGGUGCAAGAGGGCAUUGUCCUUGGUCAUCGAGUAUCCAAACAAGGCCUAGAAGUUGACAAGGCAAAGGUAUCUGUUAUUGAGCAAUUGCCUCCACCAACAAGUGUUAAGGGUAUUAGAAGUUUCUUGGGUCACGCGGGAUUCUACCGUCGUUUCAUUAAAGAUUUCUCUAAAAUCACUAAGCCUUUGUGCAAUUUGUUGGAGAAAGAUAGGGAGUUCAAGUUUGAUGAUGCUUGUAUGAACUCUUUUGAAGAAUUAAAGAAGAAGCUCACCUCAGCACCAAUUUUAGUGGCACCUAAUUGGGAGCUACCCUUCAUCAUUAUGGCAGAUGCUAGUGAUUUUGCCGUUGGAGCAGUUCUAGGACAAAAAGUAGAGAAGGUCUUCCAUCCCAUCUACUAUGCUAGUAAAACUUUGGAUGAUGCCCAACUUAACUACACUACUACAGAGAAAGAAUUGCUUGCAGUGGUGUUUGCUUAUCUGGUUAAUUAUCUGGUUUGUGGAACUCUGCCACUAGACCUUAACUCCCAUCAAAAGAGGAAAUUUCUUCACGAUGCAAAGAUGUACUUCUGGGAAGAACCUUACUUGUUCAAAAGAUGUGCCGAUCAGAUGAUAAGAAGAUGUGUUUCGGAAGUUGAGCAGCAAGAUAUUCUAGAGUGUUGCCACUCUUCAGCUUAUGGUGGGCACUUUAGAGGAGAGAAAACUGCUGCCAAAGUCCUUCAAAGUGGUUUUUAUUGGCCUUCACUAUUUAAAGAUGCAUAUGCCUUUGUGAUCCGAUGUGAUCGGUGUCAACGAGUGGGAAACAUAUCAAGAAGGAAUGAAAUGCCUCUGAAUAAUAUUCUGGAAGUUGAACUCUUUGAUGUAUGGGGAAUUGACUUCAUGGGCCCGUUUCCAAAGUCUCUCAAUCAAGAGUACAUUCUGGUUGCUGUGGAUUAUGUCUCGAAAUGGGUUGAAGCUACUGCAUGUGUAUCCAGUGAUGCUAAAACGGUGAUCAAAUUCUUAAAGAAAAACAUCUUCACGAGAUUUGGAGCACCUCGGGCUAUUAUUAGUGAUGGCGGUUCUCACUUUUGCAAUCAUCAAUUUCAAGCUCUGAUGAAGAAAUAUGGUGUAAAGCACAGGGUAACUUUGGCUUAUCAUCCUCAGUCAAAUGGCCAAGCAGAAAUAUCCAACCGAGAGAUCAAAAGCAUUCUUGAGAAGGUAGUAGGUGCAACAAGAAAAGAUUGCAUGUCAUCUGCUGUAGAAUUGGAACAUGGAGCUUACUGGGCCAUAAAAAAGCUCAACUUUGACUUUCAAGCUGCUGGUGCAAAAAGGCUCCUUCAACUAAAUGAAUUGGAGGAAUUUCGCCUUAAUGCCUAUGAAAGUGCAAGGCUCUAUAAGGAACGGACCAAGAAGUAUCAUGAUCAGAAAAUUAUCCCUAAGGUCUUUGAAGCGGGGCAAAAGGUGUUACUUCAUAAUUCCAAAUUGAGAUUAUUUCCGGGCAAACUCAAAUCACGUUGGUCAGGGCCAUUCACUGUGGUACAAGCUGCUAACCAUGGUGCGGUGGAGCUGGAAAAUGAAAAAGGUGAAAGAUUUCAUGCAAAUGGCCAUCGUUUGAAGCAUUAUUGGGGUGGAAAGGUGGAUCGUCAAGCCUUUUGGUUUAUUCCUCAAACUUUGGAGCUUAGCAGGAGUGGCGCCGCGGCGCAUUUGAUCAGAAGCCGCGGCGCCUCAUCUGUUUCAAAAUGCCCUUUCUGUAAUAGGCGCCGCGGCCCCUGCGUUAAUCCGCCGCGGCGCCUUCGUCCAUGGCUUUCGGUCCCCUCGGUAAAAACCGCCGCGGCGUUUGGACAUAGACGCCGCGGCUCGCUUACUUAA